AAACCUGGACCUUCAGCAGAAUUACUGGCUAUUCAACGACUUGCAAAAGAUAUUGACCAUCGAUUUGAUAAAGUUGAUUCACAAUUUGCCGAGGUUAAAAGGUUAAUUCAAUGGAAUACAGUCAGAGUUCAGUAUAGUAGCCUUGAACAGAAAAUUAAUGCCGUCUAUCGUAAGUACAAAGAAAUGUAUAGUGCGCCUACCAGUGCAAUUGCUGGCGAGAAAGUCUUAUUCAUUACCAAUUACGAGAGUGAUUUUCAGAAUAGUGGUAUUAAGCUUUAUGAAGGCGUAAUGAAUGUUGGAAAUGUAUUUGGUGAUGGACUUCUCAAUCCUUGUAUGAAAUUCACUCUUUAUGACAGAAAACAAUGCGGAACUUUCAGUUCUGGUAUAUUGAAAUUGUUAUUGCGUGCAGCAGAAGUAGAACUUGCGUACCUUCAGGUGAAAGGUCUAGGAAAAAAUGUACCUUAUCAUACCAGCCAAUGGAAAUCUCGUCUGGAUGAAAUUCGAUCUGCAAUGAGUCAUGCAGACUCAACGAUAGCCAGCAAAUAUCACGACCAGUCGGGUGCUGACAUCGACAAAUAUGCUCUCGAUCACUCAACUAAUGAUAUGAAUAAUCAUGACUUCGCCAAUAAUUUAUACAAUUUCAUUGCAAAGAAGUAUUAUUGGCGCGACUGGUUGGUCAUCGCCUACAAAGAUGUUACUGGAGAUGAUAAACACUACCAGCAUGAAUGUAGUGGACACCUCAAGUUUAGGGACCACAGCCGCAAUAUUGUUGUCGCUAGUGUAGACAAGAGAAAGUCACACAUGGAUUUGAAUAAAGCAAAAGCAGUUGUUAAUGGUGUCACUGACCAUACAUCACACCAUCAACAUCGACCGAACCCCCAUAAGAUCAUUUACCACAGAUUUAAUGCUCAUGAGGCAUAUGAUACGUUUGCAAGUGCAGCUAAAAGUGGCUGUAGUCCUUAUGCUGCUGCAGGUGUGGUACAGAACGAGGCAUCGCCGUCAUACGCGGCAGCAAGUAGCAGAUUUGUUUUACGAAAUGCCAAGUAUAAUCAUAUUCACAUAUUUGGAUAA